AUGAAGUUCACCCGUGCUACUCUCUUCCUCAUCUCCAGUACAUUUGUGUCUACCGUGGCCAGCACCACGCUCAUCGCCUUCAACGGCGCAGCCUGCACAGGCAUUGCCAUUGGUUCCGUCAGCGGCAGUGCCGGGAUGUGCCUGACGUUCAACUUGACCACUGUCAAAUCCAUCAGCUACACCGGGCUCAACGCCGGGGUUAUCCAAUUCUUCGUCGCUGACGGCCAUCAUGACUGGUGUACCAACGGCCCGCAGCUCGUCCUUCCCCCUGCCUCAGGAUGCGCAACCGCCCCGCAAAAUUCCAAUUGGUGGGGUGCUGCCAUUCAGUGA